GGAGCGCAGAGCGCGGUAGCUGUCAGAUAGUGCAGAGAGAGGGAGGGAGAGAGAAAGAGAGAUAGAGUGAACACCCACCCAGGCUUCCUCGGCUCUUUAUAUCAAACCUCCGUCACUCGGCGCCUCCUAAAAGGCACUUCUCCGCUCCACCGGCCGUCUCGCUGUUGGGCGGACCUGCACUUUUUUUACGCACAUUCAGCCCGAACUAACCGCGAAUCUUCGGAGUUCAUUAACAAGAAGAAGCGAGAGACAGGGGAGAGACAUGGCCACGACAACCUGUACGCGAUUCACAGAUGAAUAUCAGCUGUACGAGGAGCUGGGGAAGGGAGCAUUUUCAGUGGUGCGCAGAUGUGUUAAGCUGUGCACAGGACAGGAGUAUGCUGCUAAAAUAAUCAACACCAAAAAGUUAUCUGCAAGAGAUCACCAGAAGCUGGAGCGAGAGGCUCGUAUUUGUCGUCUGUUGAAACACCCCAACAUCGUUCGUCUUCAUGACAGUAUAUCAGAGGAGGGCUUCCACUACCUCCUGUUUGACUU